AUGCUGGGCAUGCUGAGACGCUCGCAGGCGCGCCUGGCGCUUCGCUCGGCUCCUCGGCGUGGAGGCUUCGGGUCGCCGAAAGAUCAUGAGCCUGCCUGGAUUGAGCGUUGGAUGGCCGACAGGCGUGAGGGUCAGGACAAGAUGGACUGGUUCUUCCGCGCCUUCAACUCCACGCGCAUCUACGAGACCUUUCUGAAAAGCUCUCCUCGAUUCUACGGCUUCAUUGUCUGGUCCAGCAUCAUUGGUGGGUAUUGCUGGAGCCGAAUGUGGGAUCACAUCUGGGACUACAUCAAUCAGGGCAAGCUGUAUCGUCACAACCCCUACGUGUACCCGAUUCCGGACGAUGACGAGUGA